AUGUACCGGUUGGACGAGUGGUCGAUGUUAUUCACCUGUAUGCCUUGCUUUCAGCUGUUUCCAACGCUCCAAAUCCUCAUGGAUAACAUCGGAGGUCCAUUGUUUUUGACUGGUCGCAUUAUUCUCGGUAUCUCCAUUGCUUUCACGAUACUUUUCCUGGCCUUCACAUUGUGUGUGACCCGCAGAAAGGGGACUUUGCAUCUGCAUUUCUGGGUGAUUGUCAUCAAAAUGCAAGUGGGAGCCUUGGUUACGGUAAUCGGCCAAUUUUUGUUACUUUGUUUGGCCUUGAACAGGGAUGAAUGGUUGUGUGAGUAGUGAUUAUAUUACACUUUACUUGAUUUUAGUCCCUCUGGCGGCUUCCUUGACAUUUAUGGGAUUCUAUUCGGUGACUUCAGACUUUCUGAUUUUAGCUUUUGAAAGAUUGUUUGCAUCUGCUCAGAAUUUGAAUUACGAACACAAAAAGAACAUUCAAUUAGUCAUACUAGUGUUUAUGACAACGUUGUCUGCAUUCGGUUAUAUGACUUAUUGCCAGAUAUUUAACGACCCCGUAAGAAGUAAGUCACCGUAAUCAGUGACCGGUUUUAAAUUACUUUUAGUCCGAUAUCUAAUACAAUUAACUUGUCUCUUCAUUGCGUCAUUGCUCAUAACAUCCUUAAUUGUAAGUCACAUUGGCUCUGACGUCAUUUCACAGAUCUUACGUGCAAUUGAGCUAUGGAAUAAGAAAAGAUACGAAGUGGCCAUCCUCAACAAAAACUCGUACACAUUAAGUCAGCGAUUCCAAUUGGUGGAGAAUAUUAAGAUGACCCGGGGCCUGAGGAAAGGCAUUCAGAUAUUUGUUGUAGUCGGAUGUGUGACCUCCGUUCUUUAUGCAGUCGGAUAUGCAAAAUACGACGUUCUUUAUCGAGUAAGCGCAAUUUUUGUUUGAGUAAUCACUGAAGAAAUAUUUUUAAAAAAGUGAAAGAUGUAAUUACUGCAAUUUAUUUAUGACUCAUCUCGAUGUUCAGGAGCUCCUUUUCGGCUUCCGAGCCCUAGCUAUCACCAUCAUUAAUGUCGGCUUCACCAUCUCUUUUUACGUCACCAUCAAUUCGAACAAUUUGUGGAGAAAAGAUUUAAUUUGGGUGUUUGAUGACGUGAGAAGACGGCUCGCUCCUUCAAGGGUCGACGAACAUCGAAUCCCGCCCUUCAAACACAAUAUUAACGGACAAGAGAUGAUUGUAGAUGUGAGCCGAGGUGCUGAUCUCCAUUUCCAACAACUUCGUGAUAGUUGGGAAGACUAAAAAGGUAGGUUGGGCAAGGCUUUUGCGGUUCUUGCAAUCGUCCAAGAGCAGUCUCGUUCAUACGUCACAACAAAUUUUAUUACACACCCUCGUCGAGGUUGUAGGUGUCAAUAAGAGCGGUGACUCACAACCUCAACUUCAAGGUCACCUCCAUUUUCAAGGGGUUUAAACUGUUAUUUCCCUUUUCAAAUAUUUGUAAAAAAGGAAGAGAGAGUAAUGUAAAAAAUAGAAGGGAAACAGAAGGACAUCAUCUUAGAAUCUUUUCUCGCGAACACGCGACCUUCUCUUAUUUACUUGAGACAACUCUCGAGUUGGUGUUCCUAUCACGAAGUAACGAUAACUGUUUUGUAGUUGACGGAGUCUGUUAAGAUGAACGUGCAAUUUUCUUUGCAAAUCCCGCUAGUUUCAACGUUAGUUGUAACGUCUCUCUUAGGCUCCACGUGACUUGAGGCGACUUUCCAAAUUUUUUUCCAACCCUUAGGAAGUGCAGUUACCCUACGUUUCGGUGACCAUUCAUCGAUUUGAUUACUAAGAUUGCAUGAUUGCAGUAACCUCCAGACAAUGGACCCAUCUCCGUCCUCCGGGGUUUACAGUCCCGAUUUCAUGGAUUACGAAUCAGAUGGCCGAGCUUCCAGUGUAUCCUUCUCAGCGCAGAGUCCGGCCACUUUGGCCGCUCAGAAUGAUCCCAUAUUUGUUAUGAAACAUAACACAACAGCGGAGAUUUAUCAGAAGUUCAAGGAUGAUGUGGAUAUCAUCUUCUCGAAUGCUGUAUCCAUCAAGGACCAAUCCGAGAUGCUGAAUGUAAGAGAAUUGCUGUAUCACGCAUUAGUUUCAUCACAUAAAUCAUGAGUAUAAGCUGUAUAAUUUCAGCAACUUCCCAUGAUUCUGGAGUCGCUGAUCUCAGCGUUAAACGACGAGAAACAAUAUUUGAUGGGUGAUGUUCUUUGUAAUUGGGCCAUCAAACAGCAAAAGUUGACAGUUGCAACGCUUUGGACCCAACAACAAAAUUACAAUCUCCUCUCCGUAAUCGAUACCCAAUUCGAAUAUUUCGGAGAACUAUUGGAACAGACGUUGAGUGGUCUCAAUUAUCUGAUGGAGAACUUCCCCAACCGAGGAUUUGAGGAGUUUCAUAGUCGGGUCAAACAUAUUACACAUUACUUUUUAUUCUACUCGAUAAUCGUCUCCAAACAGCCGCCUUCAGUUGUAGUCAAAUGCGGCGAAGCAGAGAACCAUCGAAGGUCCCGAUUCUGGUUCAACACCGAGAUUCGGUAAAGGUUUUUACUACAUUCGGGGGCAGUUGUAGGCUAGUAAUUACACGAUUUAAGGUAAAAAAUGUGAAAAGUUUACUGUAAAAAGGUGGGGAACUUUAUGCCAAUUGAAGAGAAGACGACCAAAUUCGAUCUCGAAAUGAACUUCUAAAGGCUCUUCUUUCAGAAUCCUUGGAGGACGAGCUUUCAAUUUGCACAAGAACUCCGAGAAUGUUCAAGUUCAAUGUUUUUUGAUUACCGACGACACCGCCAAGAGACUGUUGAGUAACGCUUACCAUGAAGUGUAAGCCAUUCUCAGAACCAAUGAUGAAUAAUGAAAUUAAAAUUACCAGCAUUAUUUACAGAUACGAAAACGAAGAGUUUCUGAUCGAGCCCCCGACCUCGGUCCUUCACUCCGAAAUCCAUCAUGGACUCUCGGCCAAGUUUGAUGACAUGAGAGUGUCCAAGAAAGGCAACUUGAGACGAGAUUCCGUGGCCACAAAACGAUACUGUUUAUGUUAUAACGUGAGAGUAACAGCGUCUCAUGGGAUAGAUCUGAUUGGGAAGAAGGUAUCCCUUCCCUUCGCUAUUCUGGUCGGCCCCAAAACAGAUGUCGAGGCCAAAUUAUUUCUGGAAAGAAGUUUCGCCGACCUGGUCAGAAAACCUUUAAGCGAUGCCCCAACUAUUGUAUCGUAUCAGGACAUGGCUGAUGCCUUGGAAAUGAAAUUCCAGUCGAUCCUAGAAACACCUCAGAAGUCGACGGAUACAAUCCCGCUGAUUCAACCCAAGCCAUUCACCAACAACGUAAGGAAACGAUCUGUUACGCAAUUAAAAUAUAACCUAGAACGAUGAUUUCUUCAAUAAUAAUUGGCUUUACAGGUAAAACAUCAUAUUAUCCAUCGGCUUAAACCCGAUGGGAAUGCACAAAUUGCCCUGGAGAAUUUCAUGAAACUACCAGUAGCUGAAGAAUUCUGUUUGAAAAGAGGUUCGACUACAGAAGGAGAAUGGAAACUAGUGCCAUACUACGAAUGGUUCUUCAAACUCGCAGAAAUGCUCAACAAAUACAUGUUACAGAUGUGGAAUGAUGGCUUGAUCUACGGUUUCUGUGGAAAGGAUGAGGCCGAGCAUCUUCUAAACGACUGCACUCGAUCGACACUACUCAUCAGGUUCAGUGAUAUAGAAUUUGGAAAGAUAAAAGUUAGUGUUAAAGAUCGGACCGGAGGUAAUUAAAUUUGAACCCAAAAUUAAUCAAAAUUACAGUAGUCCGACAUCAUUGGUAUGACCAAGCAGACCUGCAAUCGCGCCCUCUUAGUCGCGAACUCUUAUCCAAUAAUAAAUAUGGAGGAGUCGAGUUCAUUUACCCCAAUUAUCCCAUGGAAAUGGCCUUAGGCGGUCGGGAAAAAAGUAACACCGGGAUCCGCAAACCGCGGCAUCUUCAGCCGACCCCAGUGUACUUUGACAAUCAAGAAGCGGCGGUCUCCAACUUCUAA